AUGCCGGAAGCGCUGCUGGAAGGAGUUCUGCGGGAGCCGUCGGCGCCGGGGAAGGACCGUCCGUACCCCUGCGGCGAAUGCGGCAAGAGCUUCGGGCGGUUGACCCACCUGAAGACCCACCAGCGAACGCACACCGGGGUGAAGCCCUACGCCUGUGGCGCCUGCGGCAAGAGCUUCGGCCACCUCUCCACCCUCACCACCCACCAGCGGCUGCACACGGGCGAGCGGCCCUACGGCUGCGGCGCCUGCGGCAAGACCUUCACCAACCCCUCGGACCUCAACAAGCACCAGCGGUCGCACACGGGCGAGCGGCCCUACCCCUGCGCCGCCUGCGGCAAGCGCUUCAGCCAGCAGUCCAACCUCACCAUGCACCAGCGCUCCCACACCCAGGAGCGGCCCUACCCCUGCGGCGCCUGCGGCAAGAGCUUCAAGUACCUGGCGGACCUGACGGUCCACGAGCGGUCGCACACCGGCGAGAGGCCCUUCCCGUGUCCCCACUGCGGGAAGAGCUUCAGCAACAAGUCCUCCCUCGCCCGGCACACGCGCAUCCACGCCCGGGCGGCCGCCAGGGACAAGUGA